AUGACAAUGAGUUCACGUGACUCAGAGGCGGAGGAAGGGAAGCCGCUAGAUGAACCUGUGGACUUCGAAACGGCGAUUUCGCUAACAGGCUUCGGGAAGUUUAACUACAUGCUGCUGCUGGUGGCCUUCCCGGCAGCCAUGGUCAGCGUCUUCGACACAACAACGAUGGCUUACAUUCUGCCAGUGGCGCAGUGCGACCUGGGCCUUACCAACCUAGACAAGGGUGGCCUCAAUGCCAUCACCUACGCCGGCAUGAUCACUAGUGCGUUCAUGUGGGGCGGCCUGUCGGACACGCUGGGCCGUCAGCGCCUGCUCAGGAUCAGCCUGAUAGUGGACGGGCUGCUGGCACUCGCCUCGGCGUUCGCUGUCCAGCUGUGGGCCAUGUUCCUGCUACGGUAUCUAGUCGGCUUCACGGUGUGCGGCCCGUACGCCAUGCUGAUGUCGUUCUUGGCGGAAUUCCACAGCACCAAGUACCGCUCGCGCUGCAUUAUGUUCACCGGCAUCGGAGUCGCCACCGCCAACUACCUCAUUCCCUCGUUCGCGCUGGCUCUGCUGACGCAGACGUGGGAACUGGAGGUGGGCAGCGGCCUGGUGCUCAAGCCGUGGAACGUAUUUAUCAUGGCGUGCUCGCUGCCCGCUCUGCUAGCCGGCAGCCUCAUGUCCUUCUUCCCCGAGACGCCCAAGUUCCUCAUGUCCAAGGGCCGCAACGGCGAGGCGCUCGCCGUCUUCCGCAAGAUCUACGCCCUCAACACCGGCCGCAGCCCGGACUCAUACCCGUUACCUGAGGAUGAUGACUCGAUACGAGACAUGAACAAAGUUUUUAGCGAGCAAGACAUUUCCAUGGUGUUACUACAUGCCAAACGAUUUCCUGUCCACAAGCAAGUUGUGAGCCAUGUACCAAUGGUGCUGGUACAUCUACAUAUGCGCUAG